ACCGAAAACCAGUAUUUUCCUUUCCCUUCCUUCCACCUCUUUCUCUCUCUGAAUACAAAAUCUAGAGGACAAGGCUUAAAAAUCUGAUUGUUAAAAUACAGUAAACGUUCAAAGAGAGAAAGAGAGGAGACUAUAAGUUUGUAACGACGCCGGAAAAUAGAUUUGUGGGUUUUUCUUUGAAACUCACAAAAAUAAAUAAAAAGAAAACAUAACUCGCCGGAGCUCCAUGACGGUUGAGAAUUCGAUGGACUCUCUGGGUCCGAAUGGGUUUGAUAUCUGCGAGAUUUACCGGCGAUUCUGUGAACUUAGAAUAGGAAAUGCUUAUGUUUGUGGUGAAGAAGGCUACGGACAAGAUGAGAAUUCACAAAGAGCUAAAUUUUCUAGGGAUGCAUUGAAUCAGCUUUUGAAAAUGGUGGAGUCAAGGAUGCACACAAGGACUGCAAUCUUUGAUGAACUUCUCAAGCUCAUGUUUCAACUAGACUUGAUGGUAGACUUUUCUGAAUUCUCGUGCUUCUAUGAUUUUGUUUUCUUUGUAUGCCGGGAAAAUGGUCAAAAGAAUAUUACUGUGAGCAGGGCGGUUGCUGCAUGGAGAUUAGUCUUAGCUGGCAGGUUUCGAUUGCUUAACCAGUGGUGCGACUUUGUUGAGAAAAAUCAGCGACACAAUAUUUCUGAGGAUACUUGGCAGCAAGUUUUAGCUUUUAGUCGGUGUGUGCAUGAAAACCUGGAAGGGUAUGAUCCUGAAGGUGCUUGGCCUGUUCUAAUUGAUGACUUUGUUGAGCAUAUGUACAGGAUUUCUGGGUCCAACAAAGAUUCAAUUGUUUUCUGCAGCUGUGAUGAUUCAGAUUCCCAGUCGUGUACAUAUGAGGACUCAUUGCCUGGAUUACGAGUAUUUUCUGGGUUGAAGAGGAAGCUGCCCGGUUGUCACAAUGACAUAAUGGAGACCUCAGAUCCACACUUCUCGAACCCGGCCAACUUGUUGAGUUGUAAGAGAAGCAGGUUGAUAACGCACAGAGCGGUUAAUAGGGAAGAUAAUCAUAUCCGGAGUUCAUCCGAAGCCUCCUGCAUGGAAGUUGUUAAACACAGUAGUCCAAUGGGUUCUUCCAAGUCUCCAUGUGCAGUUGAAGGUUGCCUGUCAAAGGGUUUUGCAGGGCUCUUCUCAAGUCGUUCGUAUAUGCAGUUUGAUCGGGAAAGAAGAGUUUCGUUUACAUAGAGCUCCCACCCCAGCGAGUUUAAGAAUUAUGGGAAAAUAUGCUUUGCGAGUCGUAUGAUUUUGAUAUGAAUUCAUAUGUUGGCUUUGGGGAUUUUAUGAUUUUGUGGGUUAAUUUCCAACGUUUGUGGGGUGCUGUCAUUCCUUGGUUGAUGCAUGUUACAUUCCUCUUCCGUUGUAAUCCAAUAACUAAAAAAAGAAUUAUACUACAUUUGAUUAGUAUUUCUUUUAAUAAGAAUAUUAAAAUAAAUUAAUAAGUA